AUGGCCCUGUAUCACCAAACCGUGGACUUUCUCUCCGACUCCUGGACCAACCAGCGAACGCAGCUCCCCUUGCUUGCAGUGACCGGGGCUUCAUUCACACUAGGCCUGCUACUUCGAUCGCUUUUGAGCCGUGAAGAGCCCCGUCGUGGCGUUCUUCCUUCCCCACGCGAGGCCCUGCGGAGCCUCUCGGAAGAGGAGAACCGCAAAAUACCUCUCCCCAACGAUAAUCUGCCCGGUGCGCGCGAUGUUGAAAGUCCAUACGGUUCACUCCGAGUUUACGAAUGGGGUCGUGAGGAUGGUCCGAAGGUGUUGAUGGUGCAUGGUAUUACCACUCCAUGUAUCGCACUUGGUGGGGUGGCCCAUGCGUUGGCGGACCAGGGCUGCCGAGUCAUGCUCUUUGAUCUGUUUGGUCGAGGAUACUCCGAUUCCCCUGCUGAUCUCCCGCAUGAUGAUCGGCUUUUCACCACUCAGAUCUUGCUCGCCUUAGCGUCAUCGCCAAUCUCAUGGACCGGUGCCGACUCUGGCAAAUUCUCUCUUGUUGGCUACUCUCUUGGUGGUGGAAUAUCUGCCACAUUUGCCUCAUAUUUUCCACACUUCUUGUCUUCGUUAGUGCUAUUGGCCCCUGCUGGCAUGAUGCAUGACUCCCAUGUCAGCUCACAGGCCAAGCUCUUGUACUCGGGAGGCAUUAUUCCAGAGAAUAUACUUGGAUAUUUUGUCAGAAAGCGCCUGCGAGCGGGACCUUUGGUAUCCAGACCCAAGGAUGGAAAAAUCAAUAUGUCAGAUGCGCUGAAUCAGGAGGCCCCCACCGAAGUUGCCGCUGAGGCCCAGGUGUUGUCGCGGGAAUAUCCUCAUCUCAACGUCCCGGCUUCCAUUGUGUGGCAGGUCGACCACCACCAGGGCUUCGUUCAUGCUUUUAUGUCGACUAUGCGUUAUGGGCCCAUCUUCCGUAAGCAUCAGUGGAAUAAUUGGGCACGCCUUGGAGAGUACCUGAGUGCCCAAAAUACUCUUUCGUCUGGCAAACAGGGACCCAAAGGCCUCCCAUGUGACAAGGUUCAUAUCUUGUGUGGCAAUUCUGAUGCCGUCAUUGUUAAAGACGAGCUUGUUACAGAUGCUACGGCCGCUCUUGGUGGGAACGCGGUCUUCAAAUUCUACGAGGCAGGCCACGAAUUCCCCAGUACCAGAUACAAUGAGGUGGCGUCAUACAUCUUGAAGCUGCUUUAA